UUUCUUAUUCAGCUCAUGCUCGUGUUUACAAACAAUUUGCACAAUUUUACCUCCAAGAAAAAUCAAAUUUUUGGCAACUGCUUGCAAAAUUUAAAUGUUAUUUACUCGUCUGAAGCUUUGACUGAAAAUUCUUCACAUGAUUUCCUCUUAACCUUUUUCAAAAACGAUCUCUAAAACAUGGAAAACGAAGAUCAAUCAGAGUCGAGUCUGUUAGUACUGGUGCUGGACAUCGGGUUGAGCAGGGCGACCACCCUGAGGAAUGACCCUGCCCUGGCGGCGCAGGUGCUCGAAGCGGUGAUCGCCUUCAGUAAUGCUCACCUCAUGAUGAAGCUGAAGAACCAACUGGCCCUAGUGGCCUGCGACACGGAAACGACCGAGUGGAUCUACCCUGAGGACAAGAAGAGCGACUUAGCAGAACUGCGGCAGCAGGACGGCCAGCACGAGUUGUUCAAUGAACUCGAACGGACCGUCCGAAGGAAAAUCGCCGAGUUGCUAAAACGCAGUGCCGGGGCCACCGGCAAGGGCGAGAGCAUGCUUUCGGGGGCCCUCGGCAGGGCCCUUUGCUACAUCCACCGACUGCAGCAUGAGGAGAGAAGGGUCAACGCCAGGGUGCUCGUGGUCACUGCCAACGGACAGAGUGUUUCGCAGUACAUGAACUUCAUGAAUGUGUUCUUCACUUCUCAGAAAUUGGGUGUGUUGAUUGAUGUUUGCUGUUUGGGACCCGAAUCGAGUCUUUUGCAGCAAGGCUGUGAUAUUACCGGAGGACAGUACUUCCGAGCGCCUCAACCGCAAGGCCUCCUCCAAUAUCUUUUAUGGGUUUUCCUGCCUGAACCGCUGCUUAGAAAUAAACUCGCUCUUCCUCCGAGAGUCAAGGUUGACUACAGAGCUGCGUGCUUUUGCCACAGAGAACUGGUGGACAUUGGAUUCGUCUGUUCUGUUUGUUUGUCGAUCGUCUGUAAAUUCAGCCCAAUAUGUACAACAUGCCACACUGUUUUCAAAGCUCCUGGUGCCCUGCCUGUAAAGCCGAAGAGGAAAAAACCCAAAUUGGCAUAAUAAGAAGACUCAUAAUCUUUUAAAUUUAAUUUGUUAAUAAUAAGUAAAAAAAGAAGCUGAAAAUAAAUUCAUUGAUCCGAGUUAAAAUUUUGGAUCAA